CGUUCAAGGUCACCCAAUUCGACUGGCGUCGCGGCUGUGCCGGCCGAUGACGAGGAGGCAGCAGCCGAAUUCGCUCAGGCCAAGCUGCAGUGGAGGCAAAUCUGCAGGGACUUGUUUUGGUCUAAACUGACCGAACUACUAGGGCGGCAGGCGACGACUUCGGAAGAGGAGGAUUCAGGUGGUUCAUCUACCCUGGUCUUCGACGAACUGCCUGUCGUGGAGGCUUUUCUGGCCCAAUUGUAUGUCAUACCGGAUGAACGCAGUGCCUCCGUCCUCACCACCGCGGAGGCUCCGGUCACUUUCUCACCACACAGAAAAGCGGACUGGAGGAACUACCAACUCAAUCUGUGGCGCGCUAUCACACCCGUCGGAGUGGGCAAAUAUGCACGCUUUUUAAUGCCUGUCUUCUUGAAUUUUGUGAACUCCGAAUUCUAUGGCCGCCCGAGUAAGGCCAACGAAGAUGUUCUCAUCUGCGCCCUCAACCUCUUCUCUCAAAUGCCGAAUCUUCAAUCCGUUGCCAAGCACGAGGAACUCUCCCAUACUGUUCUCCGACUCUUAACAAACAAACGACCCGUCGUUCAACAAGCCGCCUUCAAGACCUGGUUGAACCUGUCUCCAAAGGGUGUCCUCCCGUACAGGGAAGACUUAGAGAAAAUCCUCUCUCUUCAGUCCUUCCGGGAGGCCGUUCGUGUCUUCAAGUUGGACACUUCUGUUGCCCAUGAAGACCGGGCCCACGUAGCACCAAUACUUAUUAGGAUCCUCUACGGGCGUCUGCACUUAAGCAAGGAGAACCUGGCUCCGGCUGUCUUCACCAAUAUGGCCGACUGCACAGACGCAGAACUGGGCAUCUUCCUGUCACUCCUAAUUGAGUCCUUCUAUUCUGCAGUUGGUGUUCCCAACGAGGACCUACCAGCUGGGGAUGCAAGCCUCCCGUCUGACGUCGCAUGCCUUCGAGCCGCCAUUGCCACCAACAGUUGGCCUCGUCUCCAGGCGAUCUGCCAGGUUGUCGAAAAUCUGCUCUCCUUCAUGGGUCACCGACUGGGUGGGCUUUCUCCCUCCCCUACUGAAUCCUCGAAGCCCUCACACAGGCCCGAGACCCAUGCUCCAACCCUCUUCCGUAUUGGUCUGCUGAUGAUUGCGAUAACCUGCAACUUGACCGCCCCCACCACCACGGAUGCCAAGCGACCCUAUUCAAAGCAGGUGAAGGUUGUACGCAAGACGGGUCUGGCCCUGUUGCUUCACCUUAUCAAUGCUCCCGGUAUUGACACUGAGGCCUUUUGGACAGCCGAGCGGGUUGAAAACGUACAGCGCGUAGUCAUACAGCCUUAUCUGCCCCAGUUCAGUCAGACUGCGGUUGCCUCUCCUGGCCACCUCAUUAUUUGCCUCUCUCUGGCCUGCAGUCAAAAGGUCCACCUCACCGCCAACUUUCUCUCACAAGACCUGCUGACGGAGUUGAUGAAGCUGCUACUGCACCCCAAAGUCUCCAAACAGGUGACCCGGAACAUCAUCGAAAUUCUGUGGAACAUGAUUUUCCUGCCAGGUGAGUGA